AUGGAGAAUAAGAUGGAAAACAAAGUUAGCACCAUUGAGAAGAUAAUAGAGUUGAAAGCCAAGGUGGAUCGCUUCGAAAAACUAGUUAAACUCAACAAGACCAACACAACUCGAUCUAAAAUAUGUGUUGCUAUUUAUAGAGAGAAUGAAAAAGAAGAGAAGCUACCUUCACCACCACUGAGUACAACAUUGGUCUUCACUAUCAUGAGCAUUGUUGGUGGUCCAGUUACUGUUCACGUUAAAGAUGGUUCUGUUUAUUCGGGAAUCUUCUUAUGUGCUAAUCAUGUUGAAGGCCAUUUCAGUAUUGUUUUGAAGCAAGCAAUUAUCACCCAGAAGGGAAAGCAUCACAACAAUGUUGGAAAAGAAGCACGUGUUGAUUCAAUUCAGAUUCCAUCGUAUAAUCUCCUGAAAGUUGUUGCCAAGGAAGUGGUGCUCAUCUGGAACGAACACAAAGAAGCCAUUAUACACGAGGAUUAUUCCGAUAAUGAAUGAAAAAGAGGACAACCACCGCCACAUUCUUUAAUUAUACGGUGCAGAUGAAUGUGGUUCGUGGAAUGGAUUACUAUCUCCAAUGAAACUCUCUGUCUUUUUUUUUUUUUUACUAUAAUUCUGUCUUCUUUUUUUUUUUAAUUGUUACUAUCUUAAGUCUUAA